AACAUUGCCAAUAUUUUUGAAUUUCAGUUAGUUCAUGAUUGUAACGUGCAGUUAGCACAAUAUCGUAAUGCAGUACAGUGCAUAGGGACAAGCCAAGAUGGUGCUCAACUACGAAAAGAUUUAGAUACAUACGGCAGAGCGUGCGUGCGCUCAUGUGAAGCAGCUAAAAGUUGUGUUUUACCUCAACUUAGGCAUGAAGUGGAAUUCACUAGACAUGCUUCUCACUUUAUUGGUUGCGUAAAUGCUUGUGUUGUAGAGAUGCGCCGUUGCGAGGCAUUAGAACGGACGUUUCCUAUGGGCGAUCCUUCAGUAACUCCUCAGCAAAUAUCGCAUAUGGAGGAAAUGCUUGAAACGCUGGAAAAUUUAAUAACGGUUCAUUUUUCAACGAGUGAAUCGUCACCUGCCGAACGUGUUACACCUCGUCGACGACGUGCUGCAAAUUGUCGACCUACAUGUGUUUGUUCAAAAUUAAAAACAAGCUAUGCCUAA